AUGCGCUCUUGGCGGCUGAGUAGUACAGCAUAUUGUCUCGCUACACUCUUCUUUGAUAACUUUGCUCUCGCAGUAGCACCGGUAGUUGGCGGCGAGGUAUGCGGGAAAGCUUGCCGACAGACAUUCCGGACAUUGGGAUUCUCGGAUGCUCCUGACGGGGUCUUUUUCGCAGUACAAGAGUGUACUAGCCGUUUAUAUCAGCAAUCAGUCCAUCUCUGCUGGGAAAUUUACUGCUCCGAAGAUGUUUGGGUUUUGGAGUCAAGAGGAAUCAACCAAACAUGUCAGGAGAUUGACGGCUCACAAUUUCCAACGCACGAUAUCAUUGCUGGAUUUACAGAUGAAGAUGUAGUCCAGAUUGCCAGGUUCAACGCGACAAGCCCAGACCGUGUACAUCCCCUUGAUCAGUUGAUGUUGCCAUCACGAGCCUUUUACGAUCUUUGGGGCCGAACGCUGGACGCACAUGAUUAUAUAUGGGAUAAGCAUUAUUAUUACGGUUGGGCAAUGGGAAUCUUUUGGGCAGUGGUUGUCGCAGUCGGAGUUUUAAAUCGAGCGCUCAUGCAAUGGGAGGCUUGUAGACCUCGAGCGUUUAGGACCCAGCAACGAACAGACGUUUGGUUCAAGCGCCACAUUCUUGCGCCAGCGACGUUUGGCCGGCGUUGCGUCCAAGACUUUGGAGGCUGGGGUACUUUGCCUCCACGUGUGCAGACAUUGACUCUGACGCUGUUUGUGCUCAUCAACAUAGUGUGCGCCGUGCAUGGGUAUAGGUUCUUUGAGGGUUACGGCUAUUAUCCGACUAUAGGAAUGCAAAUCCUCCGGCACGUCUCUGAUAGAACGGGCAUUAUUUCAUUUGCCAACUUUCCCCUCAUCUGGCUUUUUGGAAUGAGAAAUAACGUGGUCAUCUGGCUGACAGGCUGGGAUUUCAAAACAUACAACAAUUUUCACCGCUGGGUCGGUCGGCUUGCCGCCCUGCAAGCCAUCAUCCACUCAGUGGGGUACACGGCCCUUAUUCUACAAAGGGGCGGUUGGGAUUACUUCUGGCGGAUGUGCAAUAUGACGUACUGGUGGACUGGGGAGCUGGCAACAAUUUUCAUGUGUUCUCUUGUCGGCCUAUCAGUUUAUUGGCUUCGGCGUAGGCAGCAUGUGUCAAUAUUCAAAGGCGAUUAUGAUGCUCUCGUGUGGAUUCCGGUCAUGAUAUGGGUACUGGACCGGGUUGUACGCGGCGCGCGGAUCGUCGCUUUUAGCCCACAGUUCUGGAAUGCAAAGGCCCGGAUUUCCUACAACGAGGAUGCACAUAUGAUUCGUAUGGUCGUCCCAGUGUCAUCCAGUUUGUACAGCAUAGAGCCUGGGACAUUUUACUAUCUCAUGGUGCUCAACAAAUGGAACUUUUGGGAGAGCCACCCAUUCACCGUAGCAUCGGUGUCAAAGGUUGCUCGGUGCGACGCAGAAUCCCUGAACGAGCACUCGCCCUUGUUGAACUACUCAUCAACUGUCUCUGAAGAAAUGAGAUGCUGGUCGGGAAAGUCUGAACAAGAAAUGACCUUUUUGAUCCGGCCUUAUGAUAGCUUCACUUUGCGCUUGAAAGAGUAUGCGGACGCCCAGCGGCCAAAGCCAGCUACAGUACGAGUGGCUAUUGACGGUCCUUAUGGGAAGCCUCUACACUUAGAACGGUUCUGUAAGGUGCUUUUUAUAGUUGGUGGCAGUGGAAUUGCUGUCCCACUCUCGUAUCUUGACAGGCUUACAAGGUCUCAGAGCCGGCCAAAACUGAUCCAUAUUCACUGGGCAGUACGUCAGUGUGCUCUGGCAAUUGACGUACUUGGUCAUGAGCUCAAUAGUUCAUUCAACAGUGGACAAGUCAAGAUCAACAUCUACGUGACUAGUGUUGAUAGCAGAAGGACUGAAGAUGAGGACAUCUGCCGCCUUGCAGAGUGGAAGUUUAAACGGUUAAAUGUUGAAGAAGUUAUAGAGGGUGCCCUUAAUACCGGAGAGGAAGAGAGCCUUGCGGUAGUCACAAGCGGCCCGGCCAGGAUGGCCGACGAGAGUAGAUAUGCAGUAGCAGCCAGGGUGGUGCAUUCUUCACCCUAUAUCGAGUAUUUUGAGGAGAGUUUUCAGUGGUAG